AAUUUACUGUAGGAAUUCUCUCUUCUCUGUACUGUGCAGGAUUUUUCAGGUUGAGACCCCAAAAGGGAAUUGUUCACUCUACAUACCGUAUUAUGGUUUGGACUUGAGACUUGGAUAGACUUGAAGCUUUCUACCAAAAUGACCAAAAAAAUCCUCUAAUUAUACCAUGGGCAGCAAUAGGGAUAUAACCCUAGACCGAACCAACACCAAAGAACAUUACCCUCUUUCUGUGGUCCAAGACCGCCACGAGCUCUCCAAGGGCCUCUCCGUGGUGUUCCUUCCGGUCAACACCAAGCUAGGCUACGCCGUCCAAACUGCCACGGACCUCAACAUCGAGUUCACUGCCGAGGCGGCGGUGUGGAAGCUGGAAGAUUACGACGACGAUGUGGAGAAGUGGUUCGUUGGAACCGGCGGGAUCGAAGGGAAGCCCGGUUUGAGGACGGUGGGGAACUGGUUCAAGAUUGCCAAGUUUGGUGGAAGCUACAAGAUUGUGUACUGCCCUUCCGUGUGCAAAUCUUGUAGAGUGACGUGCAAGGACGUUGGGGUUUUUGAGGAUGAGGAUGGCAAGAAGAGGCUUGCUCUUAGUGACGACGCUAUGAUUGUUAAGUUCAUGAAGGCUAGCUAGCUCCUAGUCGUUGAAAGUUACUGAAAGUGCAAAAGCUCAUCAAUGAUUGCUUAGUGUACGUAGUUGAGAUCGAUUAUUCAUGUAUAAUAAAGUUUUAUGCAUGCAUUUGAUUUAGAAAAUUCAUCCUGAUCCAUCCCUAGCUAUCAACCUGUGUUCUGACAGCUGAAAUUUGUAUCUUGAUCCAUCCCUAACGGCGAUCAUCCUAUGUUCUGACUGAAAUCUGUUUCCAAGGACUUGAUAUCAUUUGUUAGAAUGGAACCGAAAAUCGACAAUGCAGAAAAUACGUUAGUAAAAUACGGUACAGGAAAGUUAGGUAUAAAAUACGUACGGGUAUUUUACUUUGCCUCUAAUCUAACGUUACGUUUCAUAGUGCGUUAAUAGUCAUAAAUAUAUAAAAAUAAAUUAUUUUAUAAAUUAAUAAAUAUAUAAAUAAUGGUAAAGUUGACAAUUUAAGUCAUUAAAUACGGAUAUUAAAUGUGUUAUACGGGUUUUAUACGUGUUUAGUAUAAGAACCAUCAAAUGAACGGUAAAAAAUGAAACGGCUUGACAACAGUACGGAUACAAAAGUUUUAAACGAAUAAAAUACGUACGGAUACAUAUACGUGUAUUAAACGAAGUAUUUACUAACUAUGAGAAAAUAAAUAACAUACAGGUUUAUGUGUUCAUUGGGACUAUAUGUUUAGCUACGUCCACGUCCACGAGCAAAUGAGACCAACUUCACUAGAGAAGAUACAAAUUACAGAUUGAUUUAAGAGAUGCAUCUCCUUCCACGACAGUGCCACCGCUUGCACUAGUUGCACAACAAAAAGAGUGGUUAACCGAACUAUAGCUAGCUCAACAGUAAUUAAAGGAAGAACCUUUAAGUCGGAUGAUCCUUCGAUUCCUCAUCCAAAUUUCGUUGUUGAUACUGCAAUAAAAAUUGGGGAAUUAUCAGAAUUUCUAGUCAUAAGGAAAAAAUAAAUUUGUCCUGUUAAAGUUCAAAGGUAGGUUGAUAUAAUUUUACAUAAUUUUAAAAAAUAUAUUUUGGAAGUAGGUACGUGUCCAAUAUAAUUAGUCCAUCAUCAUCGUGUUCAUCCCAUAUUUUGGUUAGCUGGAAUCCCGUCGAAGAGCAAUCCUCCCUUAGCUGUAUGCAUAAAGUAUACAUCGUCAAAUGUGAUUACAUUCAUUAUACCAUCCUAAUCCACUCUAGGUAAUCAAAUGUCGUCACACUUAUAUUCUUCCAUUGAUUUUUAAUAAUAGAUUAUACAAAUAUUUGGUUCAUGCGCAUUUGGCAUUUCUACCGUAAAUACUAACUAAUCCUAGUGUUUAAGUAACUAACUUUUCCUAUAUAUCCUUAGUCCUACUCCUACAGCUUGCUAGUCCUGGUCUCGUUUAUAUAUGCUAGCAUGAAUUAAAUAAGACAUUACAUUAGAAGGCAGGCAAAGGGAGCCUAACUUUUGACCCUAGAAAGAUCCACUUGGACUAAUAAAUAUGCACUUGGAACCUCGGUAUACAUAUAAAACAAGUUGAUGAUUAUGUCACGUAGAAUAUGACCAAAUUUGCAUAUACUUGAGUACAAUAGUACAUACGUUGCACUAGAAGCUAAGAGGCAAAGGGAGCCCAACUUUUGACCAUAAUAAUAUAGUUCAACUUGUGCUAAUAUUUACUUGGGACUUCGAUAUACAUACAAAAGCAGUUGAUUAUAUGUCAAAUUAAGCACAUUAUGCAUGAUUGACCAGAGUUAGCAAGCAUAAUCUUGAUACAUACGAUGCAAUAUUUGUACGUGAGAGCAUUCUGGUUCCUCCCCUAACCAAUGAGGACUUAGUUGAACUUACGAAGAAGCUAGAAAAUUAAGACUUUCUACAAUG